UCUGAUUGGUGUGACCGUUACUUCGGAGAUUCAAACCAAUAGGAAAGAUGUUUGUUGGUCGGCAACAUGGCGUCGCUCUGGUUGUGACUGGGAAGCUGUCGUAUGGGGAAGUACUGUAAACCGAACCGCUUGCGGUUACCCCCGGCUGUGAUUUGUGCCCGACGUUUGGUGUAAGGCGGGGCGCGCUUGGCUGGAAAAUGUCCAGUGAAGGGGGGAAGAAGCAGUUCUGGAAGCGGAAUGUUUCCAAGGUCCCAGGCAGUAUACAACAUGUAUAUGGAGCUCAACAUCCACCAUAUGAUCCUCUGUUACAUGCAAACUUACUCAAAGCAAAUUCAAAGCCGCAAUCUCUAUCAAUGAGGACAAAGAAAAUUACGACUUUCCAAGAGUUUGAGAGUAAUACAAGCGACGCCUGGGAUGUUGGUGAUGAUGAUGAUGAACUCUUAGCAAUGGCUGCUCAGAAUCUGAACACAGAUGUUGUGAUGGAAACAGCAAAUAAAGUACUUCAGAUUCACAGUAAACUGCAAGAACAGAAGCAGCAGGACAAGCAAAUAGAGACAUUACCUGCUCAAUUAGACCAUUUGGAACAAGCAGACAAUAAAACUGACAUUGUAAAACCUACCAGUGCAGUUGAACUUAAUAUAUCAGGUUUAGAUAAUUUUGAGAAGACUCCUCUUCAGAGACCGCAGUCUGUUCCUUCUGGAUCAACAAUUCCAUUGGUAGCAAGAAUUACAGACCAGAAUACCUCUGAUGCUCCUUUGAUGACAGAAAGAGAAAUGUUUCGACUAGAAAAAUUCAGACAGCUUCUGGCAGGUCCAAACACUGAUUUAGGUAAGUGUCAACUAAGGUGAGGUAACGAGGUACUG